GUCUCCAUUCCCCCAGUUCGUGCUCCCUCCCAUAGUCGUCGGCCGCCGCCGCCGCUUUUCGUCCUCUCGCUCCUGCUCCGCGGCGACCUAGCGAGGAGCAGUUCGUGCGCGUGUUUGGUAAGGGAGGAGGAAGAAAUGGCUCUUCUAUAAGGACAAAAAUCAGCUUAGUCAGAUCCUUGGGCACAAGGAUAUGUGGUCCAAGAAACUACAUGGCGUGUUUACCCUUCUUAUGCUCAUGGUUUUCAAUGUUUCAGGGGCAUUUGUUGGUAUCACUAUUGGCAAUGACAUGUCGAACAUACCACCAGCAACAGAUAUAGUGUCUAUCCUCAAAGCAAAGAAGAUUCAGCAUGUUCGCCUGCUUGAUUCAGACCAUCAGAUGUUGACUGCCCUUGCAAAUACUGGAAUAGAAGUGAUGGUUGGGGUUCCAAAUGAUCAGCUACUUCGUGUGGGCCAAUCUCGUUCCACAGCUGCUGAUUGGAUUAAUAAGAAUGUCAAUGCUUACAUUCCGGCCACUAACAUCACAUAUAUUGCUGUGGGUAAUGAGGUCCUUACUACCAUUCCCAAUGCAGCACUUGUUCUCAUACCUGCACUGCAAUUCCUCCAGUCAGCACUUUUGGCUGCAAACCUCGAUACUCAAGUGAAAAUUUCGAGUCCUCAUUCAAUGGAUGUGAUCUCGAAGGCGUUUCCUCCCUCUGCUGCCACUUUCAAUUCGACAUGGAGCUCAAUAAUGUCUCAGUAUCUUCAGUUUCUCAAGAAUACCGAAUCUUCGUUUAUGCUGAAUGCCCAACCAUACUAUGGCUAUGUCGGAGGACAAGGCGUAUUCCCCUUGGAGUAUGCACUGUUCCGCUCACUUAAUCCGAACAGUCAAAUUUCAGAUCCUAACACCAAUCUCUUUUAUACCAAUAUGUUUGAUGCUAUAAUUGAUGCUACCUACAACUCAAUUCAAGCAAUAAAUUUCACGGGGAUUCCUGUUUUAGUUACAGCUUCUGGCUGGCCAUGGCGUGGUGGGCCAAGUGAGAAGGCUGCUACUGUUGAUAAUGCUUUGGCCUACAAUACAAACCUCAUACAUCAUGUACUGAACAAUUCUGGUACUCCCAGCCAACCGAAUAAUCAGUCGAGCACCUACAUCUUUGAGCUGUUCAACGAGGAUAAUCGGUCAGGGCCUGUAUCAGAGCAAAAUUGGGGGAUCAUGUUUCCCAAUGCAACCACUAUAUACUCUCUAUCAUUUGAGGACGUGGCCACAACUAUUCCUGAAUCACCAGCUUUACGUGGGGUGUUUUGUGUUGCAAAUCCAAGUGCACCCCAUAGUGCACUGAAGCAUAGUUUGGAUUGGGCAUGUGGCCCUGGUUCUGCAAACUGCAGUGCAAUUCAACCUGGGAAACCAUGCUAUGCAUCAGAUGAUAUUGUAGCUGUUGCUUCUUAUGCUUUCAAUGAUUAUUACCAUAGAACACAGUCUAGUGGCGGUACAUGCAACUUCAACGGCACCGCAAUGAUAACAUCAACUGAUCCAAGCCAUGGUUCAUGCGUUUUCGCUGGAAGCACUGGCGCCAACGGCGGAACGGCCUCUGGGCCUGUAAGCCCAGACAGUUUUGCUUCAAAAUCCAAAACCUGCUGGUUGACUCACCUAGUAGCCACAUUGUUGCUGCCCAUUCUAUUUGUAGUGAUGUAAAACAUUGUAACCAUGUCACAUUUUGGAUGAGAUGCCCGCAAUUUAUCGUGGAUCUUGUCAUUAGAUACUGUAGUGACUAGUGACCCAUUUGGGUCUGCUGUAUUCAGGUAGAUGCCAUGUAAUCUUAUCCCAAGAUUUGUUGGCCUAGGAAUCAGUAUUUCGUCAAAUCAUC